AUGAAGUUCCUCGCCACCGUUGGCGUCCUCGCUUCCGCAGCUCUCGCUGCCCCCAACCCCGAGCCUUGGUGCUACCGCAUCGGCGAGCCCUGCUGGAAGAUCAAGCGUUCGGCCGAGGCCUUCGUCAGCGCUAUCCAGUCCGUGGGCGGUCUCGAAUCUCGCUCCGAGCACCAGGGCAUCCCCAACGAUGUUGCUCUGUCCGCCAUCCAGGGCCUUGACCAGCUCUCCACCCUGAUCCUCUACGCCUCCGAGGAUCCCACUGCCUUCCUCCAGAACGGAACCGAGACUGCCCCCGGCAAGCGCGACGUCGAAGUCAAGAUGGACAGGCGAUGGUGCUUCCGCAUCGGAAUGCCUUGCUGGAUCCCCAAGCGAGACGAAGCCCAAGUCCAGGAGGAGAAGCGCCAGGCCGAGAUCCAGGAGAAGAAGCGAUGGUGCUACCGCAUCGGCGAGCCUUGCUGGAUCCCCAAGCGAGGUGACGCUGAAGUCCAGGAGGAGAAGCGCGAAGUCGAAGUCCAGGAGGAGAAGCGAUGGUGCUACCGCAUCGGCGAGCCUUGCUGGAUCCCCAAGCGAAGCGACGAGGUCUCCGAGGAGAAGCGCGCGUGCUUCCAGAACGGCGGAGACUGCUGGAAGGCCAAGCGUGUCGCCGAGGCCGUCCUUGCAGCCACCCUCGAGGGCGAUGAGAAGCGAGACGUCGAGGAGGAGACUCCCGAGAAGAAGUGGUGCUACCGCAUUGGCCAGCCCUGCUGGAAGGCCAAGCGCGAUGUUGAGCUCAUCCAGGACGUGGCUCGCAGCGCCAUCGAGGGCAUGUACUAG